AGUCUCCCAUCACCUCCGAUCUCAAAUCUCACAUCUUUUCUCUCCAAAUUCUCUUCUCUCUGAAAAUCAAUCAAUCAUGGUUGAGCCGGCGAAUACCGUUGGAAUUCCGGUGAAUCACAUUCCACUGUUGAAGGAUGAGCUCGAUAUCGUGAUCCCCACGAUCCGUAACCUCGAUUUCCUGGAGAUGUGGAGGCCUUUUCUUCAGCCUUACCAUCUGAUUAUCGUCCAAGAUGGAGAUCCAUCGAAGACCAUUGCUGUCCCUGAAGGCUUCGAUUACGAACUCUACAACAGGAACGACAUCAACCGUAUCCUUGGUCCUAAAGCUUCCUGCAUUUCCUUCAAGGACUCUGCUUGCCGUUGCUUCGGCUACAUGGUCUCCAAGAAGAAGUACAUCUUCACUAUUGACGACGAUUGCUUCGUUGCUAAGGAUCCAUCUGGAAAAGCUGUGAACGCUCUUGAGCAACACAUCAAGAACCUUCUCUGCCCAUCAACUCCAUUUUUCUUCAACACCUUGUACGACCCAUACCGUGAAGGUGCUGACUUCGUCCGUGGAUACCCUUUCAGUCUCCGUGAGGGUGUUUCCACCGCUGUUUCCCACGGUCUGUGGCUCAACAUCCCUGAUUACGAUGCCCCUACCCAACUUGUGAAGCCUAAGGAAAGGAACACAAGGUAUGUGGAUGCUGUCAUGACCAUCCCAAAGGGAACACUCUUCCCUAUGUGUGGCAUGAACUUGGCCUUUGACCGUGAGCUCAUUGGUCCGGCUAUGUACUUUGGUCUCAUGGGUGAUGGUCAGCCUAUUGGUCGCUACGACGAUAUGUGGGCUGGAUGGUGUAUCAAGGUGAUCUGUGACCAUUUGGGAUUGGGAGUGAAGACAGGUUUGCCCUACAUUUACCACAGCAAAGCGAGCAACCCGUUUGUGAACUUGAAGAAGGAGUACAAGGGAAUCUUCUGGCAGGAGGAUAUCAUUCCUUUCUUCCAGAGCGCAAAGCUCACGAAAGAAGCUGUGACAGUUCAACAAUGCUACAUGGAGCUAUCCAAGUUGGUGAAGGAGAAGCUAAGCCCCAUUGAUCCUUACUUUGACAAGCUUGCAGACGCUAUGGUCACCUGGAUUGAAGCUUGGGAUGAGCUUAACCCACCCACUAAAGCUUGAGCACCAAAAAACCACCACCGCAGUU